UAGCGCUUCAUACUUUCUCACACACCCAAAGGUCAGAGAGUCAGUGAAGGCAGUAUGAAGGUGUACGUUGCGCUUCGCCUGAUCUUGUGCUUGUAUUUACGCAAAGCUCUGGCGGAGAGCGAUUCCAGUGCGAUCCUUGAAGACAGAGACGUUCUAGUGCUGACAAAAAGCAAUUUCGAACGAGCUCUUCAACAGCACGAGCAGCUAUUGGUCCAUUUCUACGCGCCUCUUUCUGGACAGUCCCUUGGUUCCAUCCUUGAGUUUCGAGAAGCGGCCGGUGCACUGAAGGAAACCGAGUCUGAUUUGAGACUGGGAGGAGUGGAUGUGAAAAAGGAAAAAGAUCUUGCUGCAUCCCUUAACGUCAAAGUAAUACCAUCACUACGACUGUACCUGUCUGGAGACAAGAACAACCCAGUGUACUGUCCUGAUCUUAAGAGCUCCGCCUCCAUCCUAACGUGGCUUAAAAGAAGAAAAGGGCCGAGCGCUAACAUCAUCAGUAAUUUCACACAGCUGGAAAAAUUUAUAGGGGAAGAUGAGCUUGUUGUGCUGGGAUUAUUUAAGGAUCUCGAGGAAGGCAUAGUGAACGUGUUUUAUGAAACAGCCGCUGACAUUGCUGACCUGCCCUUUGGGGUAACAGGACAUGAUGAGAUCUUUAGCAAGUAUGAGAUUAGUGGAGAUACUGUUCUUCUCAUAAGAAAGUCUGAACCUGACAAGCAGUUUGAGAUGCGAAGCAGCACCGUGAAGAAAGAUCUCGCUCAAUUCAUCAGACUAUAUGAGAUGGAACUUGUGACUGAGUACAAUGGCAGGACAGCAUCUAAGAUCCUGAACUCAGAGGUGCUGAACCAUUUUCUUCUGUUUAUUAAUAAGACUGAGAAAGGAUUCGAAGAGAUAUACCAUGCUUUUAAAACCGCUGCAGGAAAUCUCAGAGGGAAGGUUCUGUUUGUGAUGAUUGACGUGAGCGAGGUACGGAACGGACGUGUUAUGGAGUAUUUCCGUGUGAGGUCAGAAGAGGCUCCUCAGGUCCUUAUGGUCAAUCUGUCAGACCACGUUCAAUACCAGCUCCCAUCUGAUCAGUUCGACACACAAACUCUUUUAGAGUUCUGUCUCAGUUACCUGGGUGGGAAAGCUAAGCCUAAGCUGCAAAGUGAGCCAAUUCCUGAAAACUGGGACACACAGCCAGUGAAAGAGCUGGUUGGGAUGAACUUUGAAAAAGUGGCUUUUAACCAUAAUAAAACCGUCAUUGUCUUGUUCUAUGCACCGUGGAGCAGUGAAAGUCGUGCUCUGUUUCCACUGUGGGAGGAGCUUGCUGAACAUUUUAGUGAAAAAGAUGAUGUUGUCGUUGCCAAAAUUGACAUUACAGCCAACGACAUAAACCUUCAUCUAGGAGAAAAAUACCCAUCGAUCAAAUUUUUUCCUGCUCUUUAUUCAGAGAGGGUAGUGCCAUAUUCUGGCAAGAGGAAGCUGAAACCUAUAAUAACAUUUAUGAAAAAAGAGAUUGAAAAAGCCAAGACGGACAAGGCAAAGGAGGAGGAACGGAGGAAGAAGUAUCUGAAUGAACAGAAGGCUGCAGUAAAAGAAGAACUCUGAUCAUUCAAUGUAACGGCUAUUAGAACAGCUUUAUUGAUUUGUUUUGAACGUUUUAGGUGUAUACGACCAUUCAAAGGUUUGGGAUCGGAACAAAGUUUAGUAUGCUCUCAGAUGCUACGUCGAUUUGGUUGGAAAAACAGUAAAAAGUAAUAUUUUCAUAUAUUUUAAAAUGUAAUUUGAUGCAAAACUGAGUUGUCAUUACUCCAGUCUUCAUUCUAAGGUGCUGAUUAUCUGCUAAGGAACAUUUCUUCUUAAAUUGUGCUCCCAAAUGUUUUUGUGGAACCCAUGACAUAAAUAUAUUAUAUAUAUAUAUAUAUAU